GAGGGGAGGAGGCGGACGUUCUGUAGCAGCAGGUUUGUGAGCGCAGAAGGCGGAGGAGGAAUCAGAGCGAAAUAAACAGUGUGGCUGCAGUGAGGAAGGAGAGACACAUAGAGAGAGAGAAGGACAGAGAGACAGAGAGAACGGCCUCACCUUUUUGCUGACCCAUGAAAGAAGCCAUGCCGGUCCUCUCAGCAGGCACAGGCCUGCACGAGACACUGGCCCUGCUGACAUCACAGCUGCGUCCUGAUGCCAACCACAAGGAGGACAUGGUCUUCCUCAAAGACAUCUUCAGUGAGAAGAGCCUGGGUUACCUCAUGAAGAUCCAUGAGAAGCUGAGACAGUACGAGCACCAGAGUCCUACACCUGUUCUACACAGCGCUGCCUCUUUGGCUGAGGAUGUGGCAGAUGAGCUACAAAGUGGACCAAUGAGUGUUGAGGAGAAGGAACUCCUACAGCUGUUGACAUCCCCCCAUCUCAAGGCAGUUUUGUCCGUUCAUGACACGGUGGCCCAGAAGAACUUUGACCCUGUGUUGCCACCGCUGCCUGACGACUUCGAGGACGAGCUGGAGGAGGAGUCAGUGAAGAUCGUCAGACUGGUCAAGAACAAGGAACCACUGGGGGCCACCAUCAGAAGGGAUGAGACCACAGGGUCUGUGAUCGUGGCCCGCAUCAUGAGGGGCGGGGCUGCAGACCGGAGUGGACUGGUCCAUGUAGGAGACGAGCUACGGGAGGUCAACGGCAUCUCCAUCAUUCACAAGAGACCUGAUGAGAUCAGUCAGCUUCUGUCCCAGUCUCAGGGCUCCAUCACCCUGAAGAUAAUCCCAGCCAUUAAGGAGGAGGACCGUCUGAAGGAGAGCAAGGUCUACAUGAGGGCCCUGUUUGACUACAUCCCUGCUGAUGACAAGGCCACGCCCUGUCAGGAGGCGGGACUUCCCUUCAAGCGAGGUGACAUCCUGCAGGUGGUAACCCAGGAUGACCCCACCUGGUGGCAGGCCAAACGGGUGGGCGACAGCAACCUCCGUGCUGGACUCAUCCCCUCCAAACUCUUCCAGGAGAGACGGCUGGCCUACCGGAUCAAAAUGGGCACACUUCCGAACCCUAAAUCCCCUAAAAAUCUGACCUAUGACCAGGGAUGUGACAAAGAGGACUGUGACUGUGAGGGCUAUUUCAAUGGACAGUACAUAGCUACUGACUGUGUCUCUCCUAAGUGUAAAGCAGUGGCGCCCUCCUGUGGCCAGGUGUUUUCCUGGGAAUUUUAUUCAGCCGGUCUGAGGAGGAGUUUCCGUCUGAGCCGAAAGGACCGGUCAGGAUCCCUCGGAGGAGGGGCCACUCCCGACCCCACCGACCCAGACUUUGCUACCUACGAGGAGGUGACCCGCUACCAGCACAGGCCCAACGAGAGACCCCGCUUGGUGGUCCUGAUAGGUUCCCUUGGAGCUCGUAUCAAUGAGCUGAAACAGAAGAUGAUAGCAGAGAACCCACAUCGCUAUGCUGUGGCUGUACCACAUACCACCAGGCCCAAGAAGCCUCAUGAGAAGGAGGGGGUGGAGUACCACUUUGUCACCAAACAGGCGUUUGAUGCAGACGCUCUGAGCAACAAGUUCAUAGAGCAUGGGGAGUACAAGGAGAACCAGUAUGGUACCAGUAUAGAGGCCAUCCGCUCUGUACAGGCCAAGAACAAGAUGUGCCUAGUGGACGUUCAGCCAGAGGCUCUGAAGACACUGCGGACAUCUGAGUUCAAGCCCUAUGUCAUCUUCGUCAAGCCGCGCGUCCCGGAGAGCAGACGCCGUCGUAGUGCUGCCACCUCACCAGCAGGGGGAGACCAUGGGCGAGUUACGGAUGAGGACCUGCAGGAAAUGCGUCAGUCGGCGCAGCAGAUGGACCAGCAGUACGGCCACUUGGUCGACCGGGUCCUAAUCAAGGAGGACUCAGCCAGCGCCUGCACAGAACUACGAGGCAUUCUGGAGCGGCUGGAGCGUGAGACCUUCUGGGUGCCCCUCUGUUGGGUCCGGAACUAACCCCCCUCUCCCCAACCACCACCCUCCAGAGGGGGUACACAGCCCCCCAGCCCUUCCUCCAGCAGGACCCCUACCCUACCCCCUCCCCUUCAGCCCUUUCCUGAUCUCCUGGACCCCUUCCCCUUGGCUCCAUGGGCCAGCCUGUGGGGUGGGGAGGAUACUGCCCGAACCCCUGGCCUGAUACCUGAUGCUGGGCCAGCCCCACUGGCACUAGGGGAGAAGGGCAUGCGGCAAAACCCUUUGGACAUUUCUGUGUUUGGGAUGUUCAGAGGGAAAGACUGUUUUCCUGGCUAAAAACCUGGCUGACUCCACACACACACACACACACACACACACACACACACACACACAUAUUCAGUGCAUGCAAUCCAUUGUUCAAAUUAAUAUGUUUUUCAUAUAUUUAUUCAAGUUUUUUUUUUAUUAUUUAUGUCAGCCAGUCAGUCAGACAGACAUACAGACAUCUUGUGGCUCCAUGUGGAGUGGCUUUCUUUGGCCCGCAUGCGGCAAAACCCUUUGGAACAUUUCUGUGUUUGGGAUGUUCAGAGGGAAAGACUGUUUUCCUGGCUAAAAACCUGGCUGCCUCCACACACACACACACACGUAUACAGUACAUGCAAUCCAUUGUUCAAAUUAAUAUGUUUUUCAUAUAUUUAUUCAAGUUGUUUUUUUAUUAUGUAUGUCAGUCAGUCAGUCAGUCAGUCAGUCAGACAACAAGACAGACAUCGUGUGGCUCCAUGUGAAGUGUCAUCUGUAGCUUUCUUUGGCCCACAGUGUCUAGUACUUAAAUUCCUCUUAAUAUAAUAAUAUAUGCCAUUUAGCACACACUUUUAUCCAAAGCGACUUACAGUCAAAAAACUCGUACAAGAAUACUGCAGGAAAUCCUACAGAUCACUUACACAAUUCCUUCACAAAGACAACAUGACUGUUUUGUAAGGUUUCCUCACUUACAGUGCUUCCUCACCUAUUUCCUCUGCUCGUUGAUUCAAUGGAUGCUGAGUGAAGCCUAUCCAUUGUUAUUAUAAUGUUAUUGAAACGUUAUCUAAAAGCCAAUCCACCUGCUUCCAUUAUACCUGGACAAUGAGUAGAAAUACAUACAUAGUAUUAUUAACCCACACACUCUGUCAAUAGUACAGUAGUAUAGAUGUAAUGGUACAGAAAUAUGGAAUGUGAAAUAGAAUAUUAUUUUAUAAAGCUUUAUUAGAUCAAUUAUUUUAUGAUUUGGACGUGUUUUUAGGAUGUGCACGACAGCUUAGUUAUUUAAUCUCAGAUGUAAAUAUUGUACAUGCAAAUCCUACUGUGCCAACGAACGAUCUCGUAGCACUUCAAUGCAACCUGUUGAACUUUGACCCUAAGUGUCUAAUCCUGUCUAAUCAACAGUAAGUGUGCAUUACUUCAGUUCUGGGACUCUGGAUGUGUGGAUGUCAUGUACACACAAGUGCACUAAAACAUGCUAUGCUCCUUUUUGUGUACAUAGGAAUGCACCUUGUAUAGCUGACAUCAGACACGUUUAAGAUGUAGGUGCAGUGUGGGCAAUAGGGUUUUGGGGAGGGGGGUGUUCUAUGGUCCAUCUUGAUAAUCAGGGUCCUUGUUAAAUUGUUCUGUAUCUGUUGUCUCUACAGUUGAGGACACUGGUAUUAGUGGGAUAUGGACUCUUCCAAGUGUGAUUGUGGGUUCAAGCCGUCAUUAUAAAUACACACGUACGUGUUUCUUUUAUGUUAUCUUGGUGUUUACAGAAGCAAUGUUAAAAGCCAUUUCAAGGUUACAAGGUAAUACACAAGAAAAACCAAUGACUCACGCUGGUGAAAGAUAAGGGAGAAAAUAACUGUUGUUACUAGACUAAAGCAAUCAGAGAGGUUUUGUGAAACUCCACCUGUUCUCAAUCUAUAUAUCGGCUCUGUCGCUCUGAGCGACUGGUGCUCUUUUAAUAGAGGCAUCAAAGUUCUCAGCGCUCUGUGUGUGUGUGUGUGUGUGUGUGUAAACACUAAGUCUUGUUUUGUUGUGGAGAACUGAUAAACUAUCAACAGGAGCUUCCAGAUCCUCCUUUCCUCCAAUUCUCAUCCUGUUCUCUUUUUAACAUGCAAUGUGUUCUUGAUCUUUUACUGUAAACCAAGAAACCCAGAAUGGUGACUUUGUAAUGUGACAUGUAUAAAGUGCCAUAGUAAAACCAGAUGAACCAAGUGCUA